UAUAGUUAGUUACCUCGGUGCGUUUCAAGAACUUGUUGAUAAGAAAGGAACAGCUAUGAGUAGGUACAAAGUGUCAGCGGUUAAAGAAAGACUUUCAAGGCUCACUGAAAAAUAUUCAAAAAGUUUAAAACAAGAAGAUUCCGAAAACAGCACUUUAAAUAACAGUCUUACUCCUAAAGAAAGUGGAAGCAGUUCUGAAGAUGUGAAAAACUUUCAAAGGCAUAUUACAACUUUCAAUGAUCCUACUAUUUCUCCAAAGAUUGAUUAUAACGUUUCAAGUUAUAGUUUACAAGAGGAGUCUAUCAGAGAAACUUCCAAUGUUCAUGAUGUGCAGCAAAUUUCUAGCCAAAAAACCAACAGUUCUAAAGUGUAUAGUAAAGUUACCAAAAUUGAUGGUGAAAAUUCUGUGAAUAAAUCAGUUUCAUCAGAAAGUAUUGUGCUUUCAGACCUGUCUAAUCAGUUUGAACGAAUCUGUUUUAUCUCCAGUUCCAGCAGAGAUCUUAGUGAUGUUGAGAGCGAAAAAAAUCAAUCUAGAUCAAUAUCUACUAAGAUUAGUUUACAAGAAAAUUCUGAUGAUGUUGAAGAGUUUCCCGAAUCUGAAAAAAAUUCUAAAACAUUUCACAGAAGUAAAAAGGAUUCAUCCUCCAUGUCCUUGGCUCAGGUAAAUGAUUCAGAAAUAUCAAGUUUAGAAGAGCUGGUGAAUUCUGAACCUGAAGUAGAAAAUAUCUACGAUAAGCCCCAAAUGUCCAUGAUGGACUCAAAACAAAGAAUCCAUGAUAAUAUUGGACCCAACAACAUUGAGUCCAGUCCUAUGACCAAUGUUUAUCCAACUAAAACAAUCAGUCCUCUUAGUAAUAAAUUUAGCAAAGUAAGUUCAAAUCUAAAAUCUCCUUUGAGUAGUCAAAUUGAUAAGACUUCUACUGCAGCAAAUACAGAUAGUUCAAUAAUACAACCUGAACCGACUGUGAAUGAUACAUCCAACAAAAGCACAUCUUGCGACUAUAGCCAAAAUGAUUUAGACGAGAAGAGAAAUAGUACUUCAGACAUUCAGUACUCGUUCACAAAAGGUCUGUACAUCCGAAAAGAAAAAGAUCAUUCGCCACACAGGCCUAUUGAUUGUAAAAAUAAAAGUACAAACACCGACCCUGUUAAAAUCAUUACAAUAAAUAAGUCUACAAAACAUCAAGAAAAGAAACAUAAAUAUGUGAAAAAAUCAGAAACGAAUGUAGACAGACGUAAAAGUAAAAGACCACAAGUUGAUCAUGAUGUAAGUCUAGAGAAGCUCAAGAACAGAAUUUUGAUUAAACCGUGUCAACUACUUACCCUUGAUGAAAUAAGAAAUACACAACUCAAGAGACAAAACAACCAAGAUUCUCACUGGUUGAGAAAUGGCUUGACACAAGAUUACCAUUGUUUCUCCACUUCAGCUCAAACGUUAGAUAUGAAGCAAGAAGAUAUUAUUACUCAGCUGCUGAAGAGUCAAAUACAAUUAACGAGGCAUUUUAUAGAAAGCCACCAGCACAUGUAUCUUCAAGUUUAUCAGGCUGCUCAGCUGUUGAAUGAAAAUUAUAUACAUUAUUAGUUUAAAGGUUUCAUACAUUCAGGUUGAAUUGCCAACUUUAUGUAAAGCUUCAGCUUAUAAAAGUAUUCAUGACCAGUUAUUGAAUUACCUUGUAAAUAAAGUAGAA